UUUCCGUCACUGAGGACAAAAUAUUUCUACAGAAAAAUCUUUAUUUUUUCGUUUAAUUUGCAUUUAGUGUCAUUUAAUUUAUGUGCUUAUAAUGAGAUUGUUUUUUAUUGUACUUUUGGCGACUUCAGUAUGGACAUUGCCGCAAGAUAAAGUACUACAACAGCGUCUACCGAGUCAGGUAUCCAGUCAAGAACGCCCGCAUGAGAAGUCAGGACGUGACUGCGCCAAGUCCAAGUGCGCGUCCAGCAUAGCACAGAAAGCGGCGGCCGAAGCGAAGGCUGCGCAAGCGGCUCAAAACGCUGCGGGCGCGCAGGCUGCGCACAUGGUGAAAACUCAACUGGCGGAAAAGGCUCUACAAGCGGCGAAAGCGGCGGAGGCCGCGCUCGCGGGCAAGCAGGCAGUUGUUGAGCAGUUGCAGCAGGAGGUGCGGGAGACGGAGGCCGUGGUGGCGCAGAACCUGCAGGCCGUGCACCAGCAACAGGGCACCGUGGCCGCCGCUUGCCAGCUCGCUCAGCAGGCUAAUGCUCAGCACAAAUUAAUGAUACAAGCGGUCAAUCUAGCAGCCCAAGUGGAAAAAUCCGCUAACUGUGUACUAGAAAAGACAAAAAUUGGUCUACAGGAGAAGUCUAGAAAUCUUGCUGAAGCACGAGCGAGGUUAUCUCACUUACAACACAAGCUGCAGUGCGCAUGCGCGGACUGUGCCGCGACCAAACAGGCUGCGCACGCCGCCUGCGAGGCUGCGCGAGCUGCGUGCGGCAACGCCAGGAGGAAGCGACGUAGGAGUAUUCAAAAUGCACUAACUUUAAGAGUUCCUAAAAAAAGUAACUAGUGGUUAA